UUGCUCUUUUAAAAACGCAGUCGACCGUCUUUGCUAGGGGAACGAAACCAGUACUAGCCACUGUCGUUCACGAGGAAGGAGUUAUCUGUAGAGUUAAGUAUGCUAAUACUGAAUAAGACAACAGGAGUUUUUUCUAAACCAUCAAGAAGGAAACCUUAUGAAUUUUUAAGAAGUUUUAAUUUUCAUCCUGGAAAACUGUUUCUUCAUAAACUAGUAUUAGGAAUCGAAACCAGUUGUGAUGAUACAGCAGCUGCCGUGGUGGAUGAAACUGGAAAUGUUUUGGGAGAAGCAAUACACUCCCAAACUGAAGUUCAUUUAAAAACAGGUGGGAUUGUUCCUCCAGUAGCUCAGCAACUUCACAGAGAAAAUAUUCAACGAAUAGUGCAAGAAGCGCUCUCUGCCAGUAAAGUCUCUCCAAGUGAACUCUCAGCAAUUGCAACUACUGUAAAACCAGGACUUGCUUUAAGCUUGGGAGUAGGCUUAUCAUUUAGCUUACAACUAGUAGACCAGUUAAAAAAACCUUUCAUUCCCAUUCAUCAUAUGGAGGCUCAUGCACUUACUAUUAGGUUGUUAAAUAAAGUAGAAUUUCCCUUUUUAGUUCUUUUGAUUUCUGGAGGUCAUUGUCUGUUGGCAUUAGUUAGAGGAGUUUCAGAUUUUCUGCUUCUGGGAAAGUCUUUGGACAUAGCACCAGGUGACAUGCUUGACAAGGUGGCAAGAAGACUGUCUUUGAUAAAACAUCCAGAGUGCUUCACCAUGAGUGGUGGGAAGGCUAUAGAACAUUUGGCCAAACAAGGAAAUAAACUGCAUUUUGCUAUCAAACCUCCCAUGCAACGAGCUAAAAAUUGUGAUUUUUCUUUCUCUGGACUUCAGCAUGUUAUUGAUAAGAUAAUAAUGCAAAAGGAAAAAGAGGAAGGGCUGCAGAGGGGGCAAGUCCUGUCUUCAGCCGCACACGUUGCUGCUGCGGUACAGCACACCACGGCGUGCCACGUGGCAGAGAGAACUCACCGUGCCAUUCUGUUCUGCCAGCAGAGACGCUUGUUAUCUCCAAGUAAUGCAGUACUGGUUGUAUCUGGGGGCGUUGCAAGUAACUUAUACAUCCGAAAAGCUCUGGAAAUUGUAACAAAUGCAACACAGUGCACUUUGCUGUGUCCUCCUCCCAGACUGUGCACUGACAAUGGCAUUAUGAUUGCAUGGAACGGUAUUGAAAGACUACGUGCUGGCGUGGGCGUUUUACACAACACAGAAGGCAUCCGCUAUGAACCCAAAUGUCCUCUUGGAGUAGAUAUAUCAGAAGAAGUUGGAGAAGCUGCCAUAAGAGUACCACAGUUAAAGAUGGAGAUUUGAUUUUUGCUUUUCAAAAAAAUCCCUAAAGGUAUCAUCUUCCCUGGAGCAAUUGGGAUGUCUAUACAUUUCUUAAAAUCCAUCUGAGAUUUUAAGAAGUAGGACAGGCAAGUAAUCCUUCAAGUGUGUAUUGUACUUUUUAGUUGACCAUGUAUGUUUACAUGCAUUAUUUUAGAAACUGUAUUUAAUCAAUGAAAAUAUAUGAGAUGUGAAGGUUUUUGGUUUGUGUUUGGAUAAUUUCCUUUGAAUCUGAAGCUUUAUCAC